UUAAAAAAAAAACGAAAAUUAUUGUAAAUACUGCCCUUCUGAAAGCUUAAAGUGGACAUGGCAUGUAACGAUGGAGAUGUACUUUUAAUAUCUUUGGCAUAUAUAUUUGCAAUGUUAAUAUUCUCAAGAAUACUUAGAUGUUGUAUAAGAGAAAAUUUGGACGAUCCUCAAAAGUGUUUUGCCCUUAUAGUAAUCACAUGCAUCGAAUCUACAGCCGUCAGUUGUGAACUUCAAACUGUUUCAGACAAGUUUGGAUUACCGAUGUAUUUUUAUCUUUUAUUUUUUCUCCAACUUUGGUGGGGUUUAACUAGAGGACCAGUUAUGAGUUCUGUUGAUGAAAUUAUGGAGGAGGUUAUUAAUGAAGAAGCCGGUGUUUGUGAAGCAAUAGCAAUAGUUACUACACAAAUAAUAGGUUUCUAUCUCGGUUUUUUGGCGGCUAAAUCUUUUUGGAUGUUGCAACUGACGAAAGAGCACAAAGCGAGAAUUUGUGCCAAAUGCAGCGCUGGGCCUAAGAUUCGUAUGUGGUCAGGUAUGUUAGUAGAAGCAAUAGGUGUUGGUUUAAAUAAAAUUGCAGGAAGAGGUUGCAGUUCAAUGGAAUUGGUUCCUGGAGUACUUUUGAAAACGUUUGCUUUAAUUUAUACCGUAGUUGCUGCUCUGGACUAUACUGGUGGUUUCUUUAGUCCAUCUCUUGCAAUGGCAAUGCAAUUUGGCUGUGAGGACUUCAGAUUUUUUGAUCAUUUUAUAGUGUACUGGUUAGGGCCGCUUAUAGGGAGUUUCGGAGCAAGUUAUUUAUGUGAAAAUUUAGUUAAUUCAUAACAAAACACAAUUUUUCUUUUUGCCUCUCAUCUAUGGUAAUUAAUAUCAACAUAUUAACGUGUACUGUACUUCGAAGGGGAAUAAAAAAAUAUGAAAAUGAA